UGCAAAUAUAACAAUAUUCUUCCCUCAAGGUUUCACUUCAAGCCUGUUUUUGGGAAGGAUCAGGCCGCUCUAGUGACACUUCUAGGUCUUCUAGGGAUGAGUGAUAGUGACUCGGAUGAUGUGCGACUGGUGACUCCAAAAGCUGACUUCACCCCACCAGCUUUCAAUUUGGGUGAAUUCCUGGCCGAGCAGCCUGUUCCGAAGUCGUCCGCUGCUGCUUCUUCAUCAGCACGUUUGGUGCCUCCAAAGGCUGCAGCCAUAGCUGCAGUGCGGGAGCCGAAGGAUGAACGUUCUGCCCGAACUUCUGGUGCAUCUGAUGCAAUACCCUCCAGAGUUGGUACAACGUCAGAGGAGUCAUCCCCAGGUGCUGAGUCAAGUAAGAAGGAUACCAAGAAGACCACCAAGAAACAUGUUUUGAAACGUCCUGCUAGCUCAAAAACCGUCACACGUAAGAUGAAGAAGCAGGGAGAUGAUGAUGAUGACGAUGAAAGCCCAGAUGAUGACCACCAGCCGCUAGCAAAGGGCCUUCAUCGCGAUGAUGAUGAUGAGGACUCUGCUGAUCUCGAGGGUCUUGAGGACCUGUUGCGUUUGGAGGGUGAUGAGGAAAAGCCUAAGAAGCGGCCUGCUUCUAAAACAAGGGCAGCUUCAGGGAGCAAGAAGCGACCCGCGAAGAAGGCUGGCGGAGAUCUUCCUUUUGGAUAUAUGAUCGAAGGUGGUGGGGCUACGGCUACUCCUGUUCCCAGGAACCUUACUUGCUACACCGAUCCUGCAGAGCCACCACCGAUCCUGUCGCAGGUCUAUGACUAUGGCUUUGAUGAUGCAUGGGCGGAUCAGAAAUCGGUGGAAUCUCCUGGGCCUGGAAUUGCAAGCGACGAUGUGGGUCCAGCCGUUGAGCCACCUGCUACACCUUUGACAUCCAACAAUGUGGAUUCCAUGGAUGCCAUUGGUUUGGGGUCUGAUCAUGAAGCCACUGAGAUUGAUCCGGCUUCCCCUGCAAUCGAAGUGAAUUCUGGUUGGGCACCCAUGCAGCAUAUUUACCCUGAUAACCAACUUGGGUUGCUAUCCAGUGCGGAGUCAUUGAAUUUCAAGACGAGUUCAUCGCCCAGCCCAUCCAAUGAGUUGCGCCGAUCGAAUGCACAUGAUGAUCUCUCCGCAUUGGCGCCUAGAGAGCUCUUCCAGGAUACUCGUGAAGACUUGGUGACCGAUUUGGACGCUGCUGAAUUAUUUUUCCCUGUGCCUGUGGAGGAGGAUGCUGGCAAUGGGAAUGCUCCUAUUGAUGGUGAGUCAACGCCGACUGAGAAGACAGAGGCAUCACCACCGGUUGGCAAUGCGCGUGGUCGAGCAAAGGCACGUGCAACCAAGGAGCGCAAGUGUAAGUCUUUGCCAAAAGCAAAGGCAAAAGCAAAGGCAAAAGCGAAGGCGAAGGCAAAGUCAAAGAUGUCUAAGAAACAAGAAGCCAAAAAGGCAGAGAUCAAAGACAAAGACGUGUUCAAAAAGGUCAGGGCUGAGAAGGAUGAAAUCGAGAAGAAAAUGCACUGUGUAUAUUCUGCAGCCUUUGUGUUGGCAAAGAAUGAAGGAAAGAGCGCCGCGGAGAUCAGAGCAUAUGCUGUUGCUGAGAGAGAGAAGUGGAUGCUUGCUCAUGGACCUCGUGACCAUCCGAAGGUUCAGAAGUUCUUGGCGAAUAGAGCCAGCUGAAGUUGCUUCAACUUCUUGACUUGGACAUAGUUGGAGACAGCUGCGCGGGGGCAAGCGCUUUGAAAAA